UAAUCGGGAAUUUAUAAGGCCGGCGGACCGGCAGCGGCCGGGAUCAAAACUGAUCAAUUGUCGUGCAUGCCGCACACGUCGGACUACGUACCGGUACUCGUCAUUCACAAGCACAUCUCGGCUUUUUUUCACCAGGAUAUGGCUGACGACUUAGAUGAUCUCCUGAACGAGGUCGAGACCAAGUUCUUUACGAAGUCCCCAGCAAAGUCAGGGUCAGAAGACAGGGCGAUUAGUGCGAAUUCAAGACUGAAAUCGAAGCCAAAACUGAGCAAAAGUGCUACUGCUAAAUCAAAGGAGAAGGAUGAGCUAGAUUCUAUCAUUGAUGACAUCAUAGAUGUACCGGAGCCUUUGGCGACCAUAUCACAUCGAUCAGGACCGCCUUCCCAAUCUUCCUCUUCUAGAUCAGGUGGUGUGAAUGGGGUAUCUUCAGAGAGGAGAUGCUUUCCGGUAUACUUAGGUGGUAGUUCAACAGCAAUGGGUGUGGGAUCCACAGUUGUACAGAAGGCCUGUGAUCAGCUGCGCUGUACCUCCUGUGAUUUCAAAAUAGUGUUUUAUGAUGAUUAUGAAUGGGACCAAAGCUGCAAUUAUCUCUUCUUCAGGAAUAACGUUCCAGACUUCCAGAAACUGCGUGCAAAACUCAGAAAAAAGAAAGGUUGUAGGGCAUAUGCAUGCCAGUGCUGCUGGAGGUCAAUCAGAACUCUUACAAAUCUUAGCGAGGAUCAUGAUCUCAAAUGGGUUUGUGGCAAGCAUGUCAGGUGACCUCUGAUGCCAUUGUCCAGGUAGAGGGGGCAUUAGAUUGUGGCAUUAAAUAAAUAAAAUGGUUAUCACAGAGGGAGAGAUAGACAGAGAGGGUGAAUGAGAGAAAAAGUUUGAGUGUAGGAAAUUUGGUAUAAGAGUAUUAUUGACUAUAAUCGGUAAAGAGAGAUAGAUAAUGUUUUUAUAGCAAAAAACAUUAUUAAGCCUCAUGCAUCUGAAGAAUUCUGUGUCAAAGGAGUAACACAUGCAUUCAUUUCGAUCACAUUUACAGUUUUUGUGUUGAUAUUCUGGGGGUGUUUCACAAAUAUUUAAGUAUGACUUAGAGUCGCACUUAAAUGAUAUGCGAUGCGCAAUCAUAUUGAUCAAUGCGCAGUAGUGGCAUGAUCUGACCAAUUCAGUUUUGGCAUUUAAGUGCAAUUCUAAGUCAUAUUUAAAUCUUUGUGAAAUGCCCCUCUGGUCAGAUAGGCUCGGGGAAAGAAGCAAUAAAGAUUGCCUUUCCUAUUUCCAAAGUGAAACAUAUCAGACAUUGUUUGCAGGAUGUAAAAUAUCCUGUGGACAUUCUUUAUUGCUAGAGGCUUAUAUCACCUUGUAUGUAAAUGUGAAAUGUUUUGACAAAUGCUCAUAUACUAGGAAUUUAUGGUUUUUAUCAUUUAGAAAUCCUGUUUUUCCAUAUCUCUAGAGGUGACAGAGAAAAAGAAUGUUUUGUUUAUGGGCAAGUAUACCCAAGCCAAAAGUUGAUUUAAAUGAAGAGAGAAAGUAAACUUGCAUAAUACUGAAAAUUUCAUCAAAAUUGGAAAGUUAUGACAUGUAAUGUUGGAUGAAGUUUUGAUUAAUUUCACAAGUUAUAUGCACAUCCUGGUCGAUUUGCAAAUGAGGGGAUUGAUGACAUCACCCACUCACUAUUUCUCUUGUAUAAAAUAUCAAGAAUAAUUUUUCCUCAUAAUGUAAAACAUGGUUUGACACCUUGAAUAGGUGGGAUUGCCAUUGUGGCAACCUAUGGUGAUUCAUAAAGAUGUUUCCUUACUGUCAAAUCUAUAUUUUGUAUAAUAAAGUACAAAAGAAAUGGUGAGGGAGUGAUAUCAUCAACUCUCACAUUUGCUCAGUGUGUUGUGCAUAUAACUGUUUUGUGAAAAAUAAAUGAAACUUUUUAUUUUACAUCCAAUUCCAAUGAAUUUUCAGUAGGCCUAUUAUACUUAUUUGAUUUUUCUAUUUUUAUUUGAAUCCUCUUUUUAUUGGUGUGAGAUGGGUAGGAAGGGGGAGUGAGAUAAAUGAUUGGGGAGAAAUGAUAUUUCUCAAACUGAAUUUUUAAAUUAUUAAUCUUAGUUAUGCACUUUUUUCUUAAUCACUUUCAUAAAUGUUUUUUUUUAUUUGAAUAAUUUUUAUUUUGACGAAAAGUUGUAAAUUUUGUAGAAAAGAGACAACCAAAAAUUAGUAAAGGGCACUAGCGUUUCCAGCAUCAACUAUGACAAAGAUAUGUAUGAGGCCAUGCACAAGCAUAAUAGAGUCACAAUUGGGCCCAUGAAAUACUUUGUGGGAUCUGAUGCUGGAUACGUGCCUGAAGGGGAUAUGUUUUCGAAGAAGAAACUUCCUUUUCUCCUUUUUGGUGGGUUUAGCACCCUAGAUGUACCAUGCACAUAUUGUGAUAUUAAUAUGUUCCCAAGAUUCAAGAAGGUACUGUUGCACAAAUGUGCGGACGACGCCAGCUGCCUAUUGACACCAAUGUUAUGUGAUGCACAUGCCAUGUUUUGUAAGCCAGAACUCUGAUCUUUCGCGUAUGCUUUGGCUGUUGCUCGAAAAUCGUGGCAGGUUGGCUCUGCCUCUGUGUGAAUUGAUGUCAGCAAAUGUUUGGGCCAUGGCUCAAAGGCCGAUGUUGAUGAUCUUUGUAAUAAAGAUGGCGGCAAGUACAGCACGUAACAAAAUUUGUCCAAUAGUGCCCUCUUGAAUCCUGGGAGCAUAUACGUUUAACCAGAAAAAGUUUUUUCUGAUGUGUACGGCUGGUGUGCCAAUUUGUGUUCUGGCCACCCACCCCACCCCCCUCAAUUUAUUUUUAGCCAAAGGGUACUGGUAUUUGAACUUUAUAAAGGUACACAGGUAUGCUGCAAAGUAUUGUCCUUGUUCCUUUCAUAAAACCCUAUAUUGCAUAUGUUAUUUCUUAAGCGAAAUAAUUACAUGAAUGUCACAAUAAUUUUUAGAAUUACCUCAAGAUGUACAUUGUAGUCAGGUUCUAAAGCAACUUUUGAUUAAUGAUUUAUGGUAAAAUGUAGAUUUGUUUCACUCCUGAACACUACUUUGAACAGAAUUGGCAGAAUUUUUUUUGUAGCCAGAAAUUAAUACUUGUUGUUAAAUCACUGAAAUGUAAUUUUGUGUUUAUUUAUUCAAAAGGCAGGAGUCCUAGGUACUUUACCAAAGUAUUAUUUUUGUAGGCAGCUAUUAUUGUUUUGAUGGCUUGUAUUAUGUGUAUUAAUUUUAGAUAAAAAUUUAUUUCGAUGUUGUUUACUUCAUUCCGUCUUGUCUUUCAUGUGAAAUAUCAAAAUAUCGUCAUCAUCACCCAUCUAUUUCAGUCAACAUUUUCCCUCUUAUGAAGGGUUACUAACUUUUGUGCCAUGAUGGCACUCCUUCCUUCCAGUUCUUUAUCCUCCUUGUUCAGACCAACGUUGUCUUUUUUUCCAUCUCCAUCACUUCUUUCCAUGUUAUCUUUGUUCCUUUUCUUCGUAUCCCAUCCACAUUCAGAUCCCAUGCUCUUAUAGGUUCAUCAUUUUUCCCUCCUUGAUACGUUGCCCAUUUACCACCACUGGUUCCAUGUCAUUUGCUCCGGCGACAAUUGCUCCGCUCUAAAAUCCACACUCUAAUUGAAUAACCAAAUUCAACCCUAGGUUUAACACUACCCUAAACCUUGCAUAAAACCCUAUUGCAACCCUAACCCUACAUGUACAUCUUGGAUGAAAUCAAGCCCAGAGCAAUUGUCGCAGGAGCAUGUAUCGUGUCACCACCACUUCCACAACUGUUUCUUCCAAGCCCAGCUUUUUAAUGAGCUUGUGUUCUUUCUAUCACCACACAUUUUCGGUAUCAUGGUCUUUUCUUUUCUCCUCAAGAUACCAUGUUUGUCUUCACAUUCCAUGUUUCUGAGCCAUAUACCAUCGCUGUUGUGCACUUGGAUAUGAUUGAAAUGAGAUCAAUUUGAUGAAAUUGUGAAGUGAUGGGAUAAAACUUCAUUUAUUUGAAUAGGGAUUAGAACAAACAGAAUUCGAGCUUUGAACUUAAAUCAAUUAGUUAUUCCAUUUCCCAUGUUUAUGGUAUCUUUAUAACAAGUUGCCCUUGGUAAUGAUUUUUUUUGCCACGCAAAAGAAGUAUAUUUAAUUUCAGAUUUCAGAAUAAUUUUUCUAUACAGAUGCACAAAAAUUAAAGGUAUUAUUAAUGUAAUUUUUUUUCUCCAGUUCAUUGUGAUUUGUUUUCAACUUAUGUACGCAAUCCACUUCAGAUGAGACUGGGGGUGGGAUGUUACACAAAAGAUUUAUUGUGACUGACAGUAAAGUCAUGCUUAGUGCUGAUGCGCACAUGAUAUUUAAAUGUAACAUGUAAUCACAUUGAUCAACAAGCAGUAGCACACAUCCUCUGAGCAUGAUGGACCAAUUCAUUCAUGUGUUUUACACAGCAUGCAACUGUUACUCUAAUAAAAGUGACUCAAAGUCACACUUUACUCUUUGUGAAACACCCCCCCCCCCCAUACAGAUAAUUUAAAAUUGUGUGUUUUCCGUCCGUAUUCAGACUAUUGUAAGACUUUUACUUGUUGUUAUACCUUGAUGUAUUCUCAGUUGAAAGAUUUACUCGUCAGAUGUGUGAUCUAUUGCAGAGUACUAAUUAUUUGUGUUAUAUAAUACAAGAGUGCAAGUUGCGCCCUUAUUGUAGCAUAACUUCGUAGCGUACUAAGGGGGAUGGUUACAGGGGUUCAAACCCCCCCCCCCCUUUAAUUUUUACCUUUUUUUGCUUGUAAUUUGUUUUUGAGGUACGAAACGUUGGCUGACAAGAGUGUACCCAAAAUCGUCGACCCACAAGGGGUUAAAUUCUCAUGUCCAAGUAUAAUAGAUGUUGUGCACUUGGCAACCAUGCUCGUUCACUUUUGUUUUUCAACUUUAAAGCUUUUUGAUCUGUAAUAAUCUAUGUAAACCAGACCAGGGCCCCGUUGCAUAAAAGUUACUAUUAUGGUAACUUUACCAUCCAAUGGUAAUUACCAUGGUAAUGAUGAUCAAUAGCCAAUCAGAAUCAAGGAUUGCAUGCAAGUUACCAUUGGAUACCAUAAUGGUAGCUUUUAUGCAACAGGGCCUAGGUGGCCAUUUCAUAAAGCUGUUCGUAUUGGUGAUUAUUUAGCACAUAAAAAGGUUAAGCUUUAUGAAACGCCCACCAGGGCAUUUGAUCAAAUAUCCUUGCUUAUUUGAUGUUGGCCUUUUUUGUGUCUUUCACAGUCACUAUACAUGUAUACAUGUAGUAUGUACUAUUUUGAUAUAUAUAUAUAUUUGUGAGAUGGUUUAUAGCUUUGUUUUGUGUAUAAUUAAAAUAUACAUUACUGAUUCAUAAGAAA